CCGCGGCCAGCUUUGCCGGAUGUGGAUUUUCUGCUCCUUCCUCCCGCCUGCCACCUGCCGCCUGCCACCUCCCGCAUGGCACCUGCCACCGUCCCACCUGCUAGCUACCACCUUGCCCUACCUUCCUCCCGUCGCCUUGCAACUGGCGCCAUGCGCCUUAUAACCUGUCCAGCCCCGUCGCCCACUCCCAUUCGUGAUGGCGCUUGUCCUGCAUUUACAAGUCAUCGGGACGGUGCAUCUGGCUGAUUAACCAAUCGCCAAUACGUCGAAACAUCGCCCUUGCCACCAUCGCCAACCCACGCUGGACUCUUCAUCGUCGCCCGGCAUGAACGGCGGCGGCUCGUCCUCGCCCUCGGCGCUGAGGAUUCCAUUCUCGUCCGCCUCGCCCUCCGGCUCUAACAAUACCAACACCGGCCGCCCGCCGCUGUGGAACAACUCGUCGCAGCGCAAGGUUUCGCGCCUCUAUCUCUACACCACACUGCCCCUCCAGAAGAUCAUCGAGGUCGUGCAUGUUAGGUCUCCCGAAGCCGCUCCUGGGAAGGAAUCGGCCAACAAGAAAAUCAACGGCCUCCUCGACAAAGAGCCUCGAUGGCUACACCCUCGAAGCGAAAGCGACAUGGGCCGCCGAUUGAAUGAACUCGCCCUUUCACCGACCCGAUCGCUCUCGAGUCGCGGUUCAACAUCCGCACGGCCCCACGCCGCCUCCGAUCCGCCACUCCUCAACCCGGACCCGAACUCGUCAAUGAAGAGAGAGACCGGCACGAGCCCGACCACUCUCGAGGUCCCGCCCUUUCACCAAUUCCCUCCUCCCGUUACACCCUCUCCGGCGGCACCUUACGUCGCUCAAAGGCAGGCCUCGAGACAGAACUCGAGACAGGCGCAUCGAUCGAAUGACCAGGAUUCCAACAGCCCCUUGAGCCGAUUUCUUCGCCGGACGACCUUUAUGUCCUCGUCGACCCAGGGCACGCAAGGAACGACGGGCUCCCUCCAGCGCGUGCUAGCGGAUUACUCGGAGCCUUACAUUCGGACUGUUAAGCUACUCGUCAAGAGAUUCACGGCCCCGAUCAACCACCGCGCAGAGAGUAUGUCGCCCGUUUCAGACGUUGGGGCCGCUUACAGCUCCUGGCUCAGCGACGAUGAUGCGCCCCCGACUUUGCCCAACAGACCGUACUUUUUACCUGGCGAUUUCUUGAAUCUCGAUUACCUUGUCGGGCAGCAGCCCCCGUGUUUCCAAGAGGCUGAGCAACACCACAAAAGAUCCUGCCUAUGCUUCGCCCAGACCGAGAUCAUGGACUCGCCUUUUACCACUGCGAAUGGCCUGAACCCCGAUGCUGUACGGCUUCUCAUGAGCGGCACUGAUGGUGUUGAUUUGGGUGUUGUAGAUGGCUUCGACAAUUCGAUUCUUCAUUUCCUAGCCGCCCGAGGAGCAACCCAGCAUCUCGUGGAGGUCAUCAACUCUGACCGAUGCGGACCCAUCCUCAAUGCGAGGAACACGGCUGGCCAGACGUUUCUUCAUGUCUUGCAUAGCUCUUGCUUCCUGGACCCCAUCAUGCUCUCCCAGCUGCUCAUCCUGGUGACCCUGAAGGGCGUCGACAUCAAUGCCCGGGAUCACUACGGACGAACCAUAUUCCACAUUCUACUUGCGGACGACGCCCCUCGCAGUACGUUCAACCAGAUUGCGCCGAGCUACGACUUGGCCAAAUACAUGAAACGCGACGCAUUCAACGUGACCCCCCGACCCGAGCUGGAGCCGAUGAUGGGAUUCAACCGAAUUUACACCCAGAGGAUGGACCUUGAUCCACCGCCGUCCGAUUCUCAGUUCACGUUUACGCCAGAAAUGUACGCUGAUGCCGCUGUCGCAAAAGAGUCAGAGCUUGUCGCGUUUGUUCGCUCCGCUACCGUGAAGCCCGGUGAGGAGUAUGCGGAUGGGCGGAAUGGCUUGCACUGUCUUGCCGCUGCAACGCUCAGCUACUCGAGCAUAGUGAAGAGGUAUGGAUUCGACGGUGCUGAUAGGAAGCGCAAGAAGAACCAGGAGCCCCGAGACUUAGACUCAUCUACUGAGAAGAUGAAUCUCCGUCUCCAACUCCUCGAUGGACUUCUUCAGGCUGGUGUCGACCCCAACCAUUACGACAGCGAAGGCAACACCCCGCUUAUGGCCUUUGCCGCCCAGCUCCCCGAGGACGAAGACUACAAGACUGGACCGGAGAUUUUGUCCCGUCUGAUCGCUGCGGGUGCCGAGGUCAACGCCCGCAACCGCGCGGGCGAGACGGCACUACAUAUCGCAGUGCGGUGCGGUCGCAAGCUGGCGAUGCGGACGCUUGUGCAGCAUGGCGCUAACGUGCACGCGCGAGACGCGGCGGGACGCGGUAUGCUUCAGGUGACCGACGUCAAGAUGCGCGGAUCGCGGGGAUACAACCCUAAGGAGUAUGCGCACUUUGAAGCAUGCCGUGCGUGGUUGAGCGGCAAGGGCAUGGCGGUGCAAGAGCCGAGUGUGCUACAAGAAUGGGGGCCGGUGGCGAGGGUCAACUGCUGAUGACGAUGAUGACGUUGUGGAUAUGAAGCGUGAUUUAACGGCGUCUUGGAAUGGGAAAAGCCUCCACAGGCGAUUGAUUUUGUUUAUAUAUAUGCGCUGGCUUAUGAGAGCGCGAUAGAGGCGUUGGGGACAACGCAAUGGGAGGAUGGUGCUGGUUGGGUUUCAUGCUAUUUCGCCAAGCCCUCUCCUUGCGUAUAGAGAUGUUUUGAGGUCAACAGCCCAAAUACGAGUCCGGUAUCUUGACAAGAUUUUCUGCCGAUUCAGUUUAACAUAAGCCUUGUACCCGCGACACCAAUACUACCCAUCCACCGAGCUCUGAACCAUGUCUCGAUGCUUGUCUCACAUUGUUGCAUCCCUG